AAUUUAGGUGGUGUAUCUUUUUGGUUCGAAGAAAACGGCAGAUGGUUUAAUUCUGAAACUGCCGAGCAUUUCAUUUGCAAAAUAAAUAGUGCAGAAGACAAGACUAUAGUGUCUGAUGAAAGUCGUGCAGAGUAAACUAAGAUGGUUAGAACGUAUAUUAGAAAAAGGAGCAAAGCCCCUCCCACAGAAGAACAACUGAAGUGUGCAAUUAUUGAAGUCAAACUACAGAAGCUAACAGUAACACAAAGUGCAUUGAGAUACAAUCUCAGUUUAACUACACUUAAACGAUACUUGAAGAAAAACAAAAAUGCUAAUGAGUUGCCAAACAAUCUAAAAAGAUUGACCCACAAUCGUCAAAUUUUUAACAACAAACAAGAAAAAGAACUUACAAUUUAUUUGAACAAGUGUGCUAAGUUGAAUCACGGCCAAACUACUAGACAAGUGCGUCAACUUGCUUUUUCAUAUGCAAAGGCCAAUAACAUACAGCAUCCCCUUAACUGGACAACUUUUGAAUGUGCCAGUGAAUAUUGGAUCCUGGGUUUUCUGAAAAGAAAUUCUUCUUAUAUUUCCCAGAGAAAACCAGAAGCCACAAGUCAGGCCAGGGCUGCUGGGUUCAACGCAGUGGUUGUUAAUAGUUACUACGACAAAUUAGAAGAAGUGUACGCAAAAUACCAAUUCACGGCAGACAAAAUCUGGAAUUGUGAUGAAACAGGGGUCCCUACCGUUCUACCCCCACCUAAAGUUCUCGCUGAAAAAGGAACCAAACAGGUCCAGCAAACAGUAUCCGCUGAGAGAGGAAUAAACGUCACCAUGUUGGCAUUCGUGAGCGCAUCUGGAGUGGCAAUUCCACCAGUUUAUGUGUUUCCCAGAAAACGUGAAAAUGAAGAUCUUUACAAAAACGGGCCACCUGGAUGUAUUGGAUUAUUGCACGAGUCUGGAUGGAUGACGGGGGAAAAUUUCCUGAAAUCUAUCAUUCACUUCAAGAAAUACAGCCAAUGCACUAAACACGAUCCAGUGCUUCUAAUUCUGGACAACCAUAACAGCCAUACGGAUUAUCACGUGAUAAACUUUGCGAAGGAAAGCGGGAUUGUAUUAUUGACAUUCCCUCCGCAUUGCUCCCAUGCGUUGCAACCCUUAGAUGUCACCGUCUUUGGGCCGUUCAAAAAGUCACUUUCUGCCUUUCACCACUCUUGGUUAAAACGUCAUCCUGGCCAACGAAUCAGCAUCAAGGAAGUUGCAGAAUUGACUCGUCCCGCUUUCCAGCAAAAAAUUUCUCCAUCAAACAUUAUAGCCGGUUUCAAAUCUACCGGAAUUUAUCCAUUCAACCGGUAUGCAAUUGAUCAAUCAAGAUUUGCACCUUCAUUGGUAACAGACUUGGCAGUUCCUUCUGCUGAACUACCCGACUCUGUUGCUACAGACAAUUCAUCAGUGACAAGUGAUAACUCAAGCCUAGACCAUAUAACUCCAGAACAAAUUCAACCAUUUCCAAUGGUAAAACAAACUGGGAUGAGGAAAAAGAAAGCGUGUAAUGUAGGUUCAACUAGAAUUCUAACAUCAACUCCAGAGAAACAAAUUAUAGAAGAUCACCAUAAUCGCAUUCAAGCUAAGAAAAAGGGACUUGCAAUACCUACGACAAAUAAACCAAGGAAAGUGAAAAGUAAGGGCAACCAAGAUAUAUGCAUAGAUGAUGAAAACAAAGAAAAUGAUUGUGUUAAAGUUACACGAAAGAAAAAUUGUGAGAAGGGAGAUAAAUGUGAUGAUGACUUGUCGAUUAAAAUUCUUCUGCCCUUUCUGUAGUAAACAGAACCAGAUACGAACGUGCAGCCAAAAGGAACUUGUUUUCAUAACCGUCUUAUUGUAUUUAUUCAGCUUCAGUUGUUUUUUCAUCUAAGUAUGAUCUCGAGAGAACUAAUCAAGAUUAGUCAACCAAGUAAUACACUAUGUUCACCUGAAAUCAUUCUUUCAUGCC